CCCCUCCUGCCCGGUCAGCCCCAAAGAGUUGCCCGGUGGCCGCUGCAGACGGAAGCCGAACGAGAGUCUCGGCGGCGGCAGGAUGGGCGACUCCAAAGUGAAAGUGGCCGUCCGGAUCCGGCCCAUGAACCGAAGAGAAACCGACUUGCAUACCAAAUGCGUGGUGGAGGUAGAUGCAAACAGAGUUAUCCUUAAUCCUGUAAAUACUAACCUUUCCAAAGGCGAUGCCCGAAGCCAGCCAAAGGUGUUUGCAUAUGAUCAUUGUUUCUGGUCUAUGGAUGAAUCUGUCAGAGAAAAGUAUGCAGGUCAAGAUGAUGUUUUCAAGUGCCUUGGGGAGAAUAUUCUUCAAAAUGCUUUUGAUGGCUACAAUGCAUGUAUUUUUGCCUAUGGACAGACUGGAUCUGGAAAAUCUUACACCAUGAUGGGCACAGCUGACCAACCUGGAUUAAUUCCAAGACUUUGCAGUGGACUCUUUGAACGGACUCAGAAAGAGGAAAAUGAAGAGCAAAGUUUUAAAGUAGAAGUGUCCUAUAUGGAAAUCUAUAACGAAAAAGUCAGAGACCUUCUUGAUCCCAAAGGAAGCCGUCAAACGUUAAAAGUCAGAGAGCACAGUGUAUUGGGACCCUAUGUGGAUGGACUUUCUAAAUUGGCUGUCGCAAGCUAUAAGGACAUUGAGUCUUUGAUGUCGGAGGGUAACAAAUCUCGCACCGUUGCUGCCACCAACAUGAAUGAGGAGAGCAGUCGGUCCCAUGCGGUCUUCAAAAUUACCCUCACACACACUUUGUAUGAUGUGAAGUCUGGGACAUCUGGAGAGAAAGUGGGCAAACUGAGCUUGGUUGAUUUAGCUGGCAGUGAGCGAGCCACAAAAACUGGAGCUGCUGGUGACAGGCUGAAGGAGGGGAGCAACAUCAACAAGUCCCUCACAACCCUCGGUCUGGUUAUCUCAGCCCUAGCAGAUCAGAGUGCUGGCAAAAACAAGAAUAAAUUUGUUCCAUAUCGUGACUCAGUUCUCACUUGGCUGCUCAAAGACAGCCUUGGGGGUAACAGUAAGACUGCCAUGGUGGCUACUGUGAGUCCGGCAGCUGAUAACUAUGAUGAAACCCUUUCAACUCUGCGGUAUGCAGAUCGCGCCAAGAACAUUGUGAACCACGCAGUGGUGAAUGAAGACCCUAAUGCACGAAUUAUCCGGGAUCUCCGGGAAGAAGUCGAAAAACUCCGAGAGCAGCUGACCAAAGCAGAGGCAAUGAAAUCUCCAGAGCUAAAUGACCGGCUGGAAGAGUCAGAGAAGCUAAUCCAGGAAAUGACCGUGACCUGGGAGGAGAAAUUAAGGAAAACUGAGGAGAUUGCCCAGGAGCGACAGAAACAACUUGAGAGUCUUGGAAUAUCCCUUCAAUCUUCUGGAAUUAAAGUUGGGGAUGAUAAAUGCUUCCUUGUUAAUCUGAAUGCUGAUCCUGCUCUCAAUGAACUUCUGGUUUACUAUUUAAAGGAACAUACAUUAAUAGGUUCAGCAAAUUCCCAAGAUAUCCAGCUAUGUGGAAUGGGGAUUCUUCCUGAACAUUGUAUUAUAGACAUCACAUCAGAAGGCCAGGUUAUGCUGACUCCUCAAAAGAACACCAGAACAUUUGUAAAUGGCUCCUCUGUAUCCAGUCCCAUACAGCUUCACCAUGGGGACAGGAUAUUAUGGGGAAACAACCACUUCUUCAGAUUGAAUUUGCCUAAAAAGAAAAAGAAAGCAGAUCGAGAGGAUGAGGAACAGGACACCUCCUUGAAGAAUGACACCAGUUCCGAGCAGCUGGAUGUAGACGGAGACUCCUCUAGCGAGGUGUCCAGUGAAAUCAACUUCAGCUAUGAAUAUGCACAGAUGGAGGUGACCAUGAAGGCUCUGGGCCAUAAUGAUCCCAUGCAGUCAAUAUUGAACAGCCUAGAACAACAGCACGAAGAGGAAAAACGAACUGCGUUAGAGCGCCAGAGGCUUAUGUAUGAACACGAAUUGGAGCAGCUGCGAAGGAGGCUGUCUCCUGAGAAACAGAACUGCCGUAGCACAGACAGGUUCUCUUUCCACUCGCCCAGUGCUCAGCAGCGACUCAGACAGUGGGCCGAGGAGAGAGAAGCAACACUAAAUAACAGCCUGAUGAGGCUAAGGGAACAAAUUGUUAAAGCCAAUCUGUUGGUGAGAGAAGCUAGCUACAUUGCAGAAGAACUGGAUAAAAGAACAGAGUAUAAAGUAACCCUGCAGAUUCCAGCCUCCAGCCUUGAUGCCAAUAGGAAGCGAGGCUCCCUUCUUAGUGAACCUGCAAUCCAGGUGAGAAGAAAAGGAAAAGGAAAGCAGAUUUGGUCUUUGGAAAAACUGGACAACAGGUUGUUGGAUAUGAGAGACCUUUAUCAAGAGUGGAAGGAGUGUGAAGAAGAUACCCCAGUAAUACGGUCUUACUUCAAGCGUGCUGAUCCAUUCUAUGAUGAGCAGGAAAAUCACAGCCUCAUUGGAGUGGCUAAUGUCUUCCUCGAGUCCCUCUUCUACGAUGUGAAGUUACAAUAUGCUGUUCCAAUUGUCAACCAGAAAGGAGAGGUGGCCGGCCGGUUGCACGUAGAGGUGAUGCGAAUCAGUGGUGACAUUGUGGAGAGGAUUGCCGGAGGAGACGAUGCCACAGAUGCCUCUUUUGACAAGGAAUCCCAUGAGAACAAACUUACGUGCAUGGUUAAAAUACUCCAAGCCACUGGGUUGCCACAGCAUCUGUGCCACUUUGUGUUCUGCAAAUACAACUUCUGGGAUCAACAGGAGCCAGUAGUUGUUGUACCUGAAGUGGAUCCCUCGUCCUCUCCUGUCAGCAAGGAACCCCAAUGCAUGGUUGUCUUUGAUAAUUGCAAUGAGUUUUCUGUUAACAUCACUGAAGACUUUAUUGAGCACCUUUCGGAAGGGGCGUUAGCAAUUGAAAUAUAUGGCCAUAAGAUGACUGAUCCUCGGAAAAACCCAACCCUGUGGGAUUUGGGGAUUAUCCAAGCAAAAACACGCAGUCUUCGGGACAGAUGGAGUGAAGUAACCAGGAAAAUGGAAUUCUGGGUUCAGAUCUUGGAACAGAACGAGAAUGGUGAAUACUGCCCUGUAGAAGUAAUUUCUGCAAAGGAUGUACCAACAGGAGGAAUCUUCCAACUCCGGCAGGGGCAGUCCCGGCGAGUCCAAGUGGAAGUGAAGUCUGUGCAGGAAUCUGGGACUUUACCGCUGAUGGAAGAAUGUAUAUUGUCCGUCGGCAUUGGAUGUGUGAAAGUUAGAGCGCUCAGAUCCCCCAAGACCCAGGAGGCCUUCGUUGAGGAAGAGGAAGACAUGGACAGCUACCAGGAUCGGGAUUUAGAGAGACUGCGUAGAAAAUGGCUAAAUGCGUUAACAAAACGUCAGGAGUACUUAGAUCAACAACUGCAAAAGCUUGUCAGUAAACAUGAUAAGACAGAGGACGAUGCUGACCGUGAAGCUCAGCUCCUAGAGAUGAGGUUGACUCUAACGGAGGAAAGGAAUGCGGUCAUGGUCCCCUCGGCCGGCAGCGGGAUUCCGGGGGCCCCAGCAGAAUGGACCCCAGUUCCUGGGAUGGAAACACACAUUCCUGUUAUAUUCCUUGACUUAAACGCUGAUGAUUUUAGCUCUCAGGAUAAUAUUGAUGACCCAGAAGCUGGUGGAUGGGAUGCUACCCUCACCGGGGAAGAAGAGGACGAGUUCUUUGAACUGCAGAUUGUAAAACAGCAUGAUGGAGAGGUAAAAGCAGAAGCCUCUUGGGACUCUGCAGUACACAACUGCCCUCAGCUCAGCAAAGGCACACCUGCGGAUGAGCGCUUGUUCCUGAUCGUGCGGGUGACGGUCCAGCUCAGCCAUCCGGCCGACAUGCAGCUAGUGCUACGCAAACGGAUUUGUGUCAGUGUGCACGGUCGGCAGGGUUUUGCUCAGAGUCUCCUAAAAAAGAUGUCUCAUCGAAGUUCUAUUCCUGGCUGUGGAGUGACUUUUGAAAUUGUCUCCAAUAUUCCAGAGGAUGCCCAAGGAGUUGAGGAACGAGAAACAUUAGCAAGAAUGGCCACUAAUGUGGAAAACACGGAUUCCCCUGACUCAGAGGCAUAUAUUGAGAAAUACCUCCGAAGCGUGCUGGCCGUGGAGAACCUUCUCACUUUAGACCGCCUUCGCCAGGAAGUUGCAGUGAAGGAACAGCUGACAGGAAAAGGGAAGCUGAGUAGGAGGAGUAUUAGCUCUCCAAAUGUGAACAGGUUGUCUGGCAGCCGACAAGAUCUCAUUCCAUCCUACAGUCUAGGCAGCAACAAGGGUCGAUGGGAAAGUCAGCAGGAUGUAUCUCAAACUGAAGUUUCUAGAGGAGCAGCGCCCUUGGCCCCAUCCCUCCCUGGUUGUCCCCAAAAUAACAAUUCUCCUGAUCCAGGAUUUAGUAGCCUCGCGGCCCCCUACUUGAAUCCAGUAAAAUCCUUUGUGCCACAGAUGCCGAAGCUACUCAAGUCUCUCUUCCCUGUUCGUGACGAAAAAAGGGGCAAGCAGUCAUCUCCCUUUGCACAUCAGCCGGUGCCCCGCAUCAUGGUGCAGCCUGCUGUUUCGGAUUUCGGGAUGACCAGGAUGGCGGAGAAGGUGAGGAGAUGGAAGGGGCAAGGCAUUUUCUCAGCUCUCGGCACGUGGAGAGUGGCCAGGGGCCCUCAGGAUCCGGUGCGUGAAAAGCCGGGUCACCUGGAGACUCACCGAGAGAGCGUGGGGGUCAGUGUGGCUCCUGACGUGGCCGUGCAGAUUGCCCCGGUGGCGAAGACCUGUGACAAACCAACUCAGCUGCCUCCACCGCAGUGCGUGGCCACCAAUACCCAGGUCCCCGAAGUGCAGGAGGGGCCGCCCAGCCCGCUGAGUGAGGCCUCCAGCGGGUACUUCUCGCACAGCGUCUCUACUGCCACGCUGUCUGACGCAUUUGCCCCGAGCCUAGAUGCCCAGGCUGGCACGCAGACUCCCGGUUCUCCCCCUCCUGUUCCCUGCCAGGCCGGCCCAGAGACUGAGCCCUCUGGCGCAGAUAGCACUCUCCCUGCCCUGCUGGAGGAUCAGAGCAGCCUUCCGUUACUGCCUGUCCCGGCAACGCAGACUGUGAGGAGUGACGGUGACAGUGUCAUUGUGGCCCAGGCCAAGGGUACAGUUUCCUCAGAGAAGCAGAACGGAGAAGCUGGCACUUCACCCCCUGGCCUUCUCACUUCUGCCCCCCAGAAUGAGUCACCCAGCACGCAGUGCGGAGACCUUUCUCCUGCCACCAAGCCGCCAGGAAGACCCAAGGACCAGGCCAAGCCAGCCACCAGCUUAGAGCCGGAUGUCCCCAAACCACAGUUGCCUUCUGACCUCCUGUCUCAGUCGCCUGCGCCAGCAUCUCCGUUCAGAAUCCGGAAGGUGCGAACCUCGGAGCUGAAGUCGUUCACACGCAUGCUCGGUGGGGACCCUGGCUCUGGUGCGGAGGAGGACCCACUGGCCUUGGGAGGUCCAGGUGACGACAGCUCUGGAGGACAGGCCCUGGAGAAGCUGGAAGUGUCCUCCGAUUCUGAGGAAGCCAGUGAGGUCCCAGAGUGGCUUCGAGAGGGAGAAUAUGUUACCGUGGGCGCCAACAAGGUGGGCAUCGUGAGAUACAUCGGGCCCACUGACUUUCAGGAGGGCACAUGGAUUGGCGUGGAGCUGGACUUACCUUCAGGUAAGAACGACGGCUCCAUCGGAGGGAAGCAGUACUUCAGGUGCAACCCUGGCUACGGGCUGCUGGUGAGGCCGGGCCGGGUGCGCAGGGCGGUGGGAGCAGGCCGAAGGCGCAGCGCGGGGCUCAGGCUGCAGGGCGCCCCUGAGCCCCGCAGGAGCAGCACCCUCUCCGGCUCUGCCACCAACCUGGCCUCCCUGACGGCAGCUCUUGCCAAGGCCGAGGGCACCGCAGCGCUGCGGGCCGACAGGAGCCAUAAGAACCCCGAGAACCGGAAAUCCUGGGCCAGCUGAGCCGGCGCCGCACGUCGUGGCCCUCGGGCUGACCCUGUCAGCAGGGCGGCUGGUACAGCCCUGGGGCAGAGUUGGAGCUGAGUGGGCUGUGUCACCUCAAACCCCUUCCCUGGGGGAGCAGGCGAUGAAAGCUUUUUGCACGGCAGAGCUGGCGACCGCCCCAUUUCUCCGGAACUCUGGAAGCUUGCUUUCUCUCUCUACCUAGAGAAUGGAGGAGGCCUUUGCAGGGUAGCGGGGUUGAAGGUGCGUGGAACUCAGCAGCCUGGGCUGUGGGGAGUGAGGCUCCUCGGUCUCCUCUCGCAACCUCAUUAACCUCUUAAUUUAAAGAAUAAUCACGACUAGUGCCUUUCCUUCCCCAGAGGCAGGGCGUCCUCCCUCUGCCUCCAGACCUGGUGUCCCAGCCCACCCGUCCUAGGUGCUGGCUGGCUCAUCAGGCUCCGGGCACCUCUCUUGUCCCCAAAUCCCCCCCACCAAGUAACAGGCUCCUGGAAGUGCCUCUGGCUGGCCUCCUGGGGCUUCGGCACGAGGCCCUGCGUGCCCCAGAGGGGGGCCCGCUGGGCCUGCCGCCCGCCUUGCCCUCUUCCCACAGGGUUUCUUAGCGGUUUCUCCGUGGGCGUUUUAGCAUCGUUAUACCUAGACAUUUUUUUUUCUCUUUUUGCCAUUUAUUCCCUUAACAGAGUGCUUAGAAUAUAUUUAUUUAUAUUUAUUUUUUCAAAAUCCGAAAUCAUUUGCGAGCCACAAUCGUCUGCCUGGGUGCAAGUGCCCAGGCCAGCCUCUGUGGCCCCUCGGGAGCUGCCUGCCGUCCACCUCCGGUGGCUCCUGGAGUGGCCAGAGGAUGGACCCUUCCCCCCUCCCCUCCGUGUUCCUUUAAUGCAGACACACAAGUGGCCUUACUCUAAGAUGACAGCAAACACUUGGAGAAAUGUCGUGCUUCUGCAGUCAGUGACCAAGUCAGAGGCAUCACGACCUUAUUUGGUGCAAUUUUGGUUUCUGGGAAGAUCCUUAGACCAGUUUCACUGCUUGGCAAUUCUGUACCCUGACCCCGUGACUACGCCUGGGCCUGUUGAGAGAGCGCUUGCCCACCUCCUGCCAGGACCUGUGGUCCAGGAGCCCUGCUCUGGGCUCGUCCGGAGGGCACCUGUGGGAGCGGAAGGAGGGCAGGGGCCUUGCAGACAGGGGUGGUGCCGGCUUUGCGGGAAGCAGACAGCGGGCUGCCGGGCCGUGAACCUCAGCGGGAGCCCGUGCUCCUGGUCCUGACGGCAGGCGCCCGGUGCCCGAGUGCUGAACUCCAGUUGUUUCUCCGGCCUGGGCCUGGGCCUGGGGUUUGCACGUGGCAUUCUUGGCUGCCUGUUUUUAGUUCUCAUGUUUAGACUCUUUAGAAAUGACACCCAGAAACCUGUUUUUUUUUUCUUUCUAAAUCUCUGGUUCUCUGGGGAUUUGAAGCCUCUCAUGAGAAGUAGUGCCAGACUAUGCGGGGCCUGUGGCUCCGACCGGGAGGCAGAGCCCCGAAGGGAGCACCCACGGAACAUGGCUGCCGCAAGCUCAGACCCCACGGGGAAGGGCGGGGAGGGUUAAUUAGCUCCUAGUCAUUACACGUGGUGAUGCCCCGCCUGCGCGUGUCUGGCCUCCUCACCAUCAGCGGCCAGGUGAGCUGCCUUCCCUGCCUCCCCGUGGUGCCUGCGCAUGGACAGGCUGCAGGACAAAACGGAAUUGCUCGCAGCUGGUUAGUGCCGGGCUGGGGGGCUCCUGUCCCCCAUCCACCCUGGGGUCGCCCCCACCAGACCGCAGCCUGUCCAGCGCCGCCACACACUCACUUCCUCCCCCAUUUUAACAGAAAGGUUAGGGCCAGGAGUUCAAAAGCGCACCCUCAUUUAGCUUUAUCCCAGCACAUGUUCGUAGUUUUAGAACUGGAAGGGCUGUUCUCACAGGGAACAGGCUAAAACCAAGGAAAGUUCAGUGAUUUUUUCCCCCCAGUUUACAUAAGCUGCAGCUUCCGACUCCCAGCCUGGGCUCUUCCCAUGGUCCCCUGCAGCACCCGCGCUGCCGGUCCCUCCUUAGAGCACCUGGGCCUUGGCCCCGGCCCCGCCCAGCACAGGAGCACCUGGCCCCGCCUCCAGAUUGUCCUGAUUUAAUCCAUUGCUCUCCUAACGAGGGUCUUCUGCCCCAGCGGAUUCCUGCUGGCUCUCCCUGGUGGGGGCUCUGAACACUCAGCUCCCCCAGGUGACAGCGGUCCCGUGUCUCGUCCUCGCCCGUCCAGCACCCCUGGCCUGGGAGGUAGGUGUUUCUGUUUCUCUAGUUCUGGCAGCCAGACACGAGGGCGCCUGAGGCUGGGGGUUUGCCCUCCGAGAGGGUUGGCCAGGAGACCCCUGCCUCCCUCCCACAGGGGCCGGCGGGCCUGCUGGGGGCUCCAGGUCUUCAGGGACCCGCCCUCUGAGGCAGGCCCUGCUUUGUGCAGUUGGCAUUUUGGGAGCACCUGCUGGGCAUGUGUCCCUGAACCGCGUGCCCUCUCGGUUCUGGGCUCUGCUCUUGCACUUAACCAGCACAGAAGCUCCUAAAAGUCUGUUUCAGUUUGCGUUUCCUGUCGCCAUCAGUGUGGUCAGUUGACGCGGGUACAGGCACGACCCCUCUCUCUGGGCACAGCAGCCCUUGCUCCCACAGCCUCAGACAACCCACCCUGGGCAGCGAGCUCUGCCCCACGGUCGUUAGAGGGAAACCCCUGUGGAAACGCCUAGGUGCUUAUGACCCUUACCGAAGUGCUUGUGGACGCCCAUCAGCCCUGUAACGUGGAAUCGGCAGCCUUCCGGGAACAUCUGGGGAAGGUCAGUGGGGGAUGAGGGGUGUCGUGCUCUCUCUAUCAUUGGGUUCGUUGGUGGCUCCAGCAGGGUUUUAUUAGCCGGAGCUCAUAGGAACAAUGGAGGAGCCUUGAGUGAGUCAGGUCUGCCAGCCCAGCUGUCUGAAGAGGUUUUGGGACCACAUCCUUUGUUUUCCAGACUCAGUUUCCUGUUCCCACGCGUCCCCCACUAGCACUACUCUCCCCCUCGGGCCCUCCCCCGAAGCGGCCCAGGACUCAAGCAGCUGACCGGAGUUGCGGGCAGGCGGCUUGGUUCAGAGCUUUCAGCUGCCGGUGCCCAUUGUGUGGAAAUGCGCCUGUCUCUCUGGGAGGGAAGCACUGGCGCAGUGGUUGUCAGCUUGCUUGGGGUUUUCUGAGGAGGAGUGUGUUUGGGGCCGUCCUGGUAGCGUGUUAGGGAGGAGGUAUUUGUCCCGUUGGUGCUCUUGGUGAGCUGUCAGUGUCUCGGGAGGGCAGCACGUGGGCUGCCCUGUGGGUAGAGCCUGCCUCUGGCACCCCCUCCUUCAGUGUCCUCGUCAGAGUGUAGUGUGGUUGUCCUGCUCUGGGCAUUGGGGGUGCUGGGUCCUUGUGGGGGCUGGGUUUGCGGUCCUGGUCCUCUCCCCCCAGCUCCCGCCUCACUUGCUCCACAACCUGGACAUCUCUUCAGGGCCAGUGUGUCGAUGGCUUGUGCAGGGUGCGCUCAGAACGCAGGCAGUCCCGGCUCAGGGAGCCCUCUGCUCCAUCUGGCUGGGGAGCAGUGUGUGUUUGAAGUCCGCCGUUUUCACCAUCACCUCUUGGUGCAGACUGAUGCUGACUUGUGAGUGAAGUGGCGCCGUGCAGUACUGGGGUCACUGAAGCCACAAGCCUGGGCAGCCCCCACAACCCAGCUGAGGGUGCCUGCUUGAGAGUAGGGCGCUCAAGGGAGGGGCUCCAUUUCUUCUGUCGUCUUUCUCACCUUACUAAUAAGCAGACCUAAUUGUAAAUAAAGCGUCAGCUUCAGGACUUGCAGUUCGCUUCCUAGCAGGCCCCAGGCAGGAGGAAGCUGGGGCCAGGUGAGGCUGUGGGCGCCACACGAUCACUGCCAGGCAGAGACUGGACUGGGCCCCUCCUGGCCUCUGCCUCCCACUCCGCAAGCGCAAGGUCGCCGCAGGCCCCCAUCCCCAGGGGACUGCGGGCAGCGGGGCGCAGCCUGGCCUGAGGGAGCAGGGGGCCCAGAGUGCACAGCCAGUGGUGACUGGGCCGGCCAUGAAGGGCCUGUGUGUCCAGUGGGCGAGUGAGCUGUGAAUGGAACAGUUGAGUCUGAAAGGCUUAGGUGUUUAGAUCCGCAUUAACUUCCUUACACUUUCUCCUCCUGGCUUAAAGUUCCCUGUAUGUGAAACUGACAAGAAGUCUGUGGGUAUUUAUUUCCCUGGCUAAGAUGAGCCCCCUUGCCCGAGGCCACCCGGGGGCUGCAUCUCGUGGUGCCCUCAGGUCCCAGGGUGGCCACCUGCCUGCCUGCUGUGCCUCACCUGAGACCAGGAGUGCAGCCUGCAGUUUAUCCUCACGACACUGACUCGAUUGUCCCCACACGUGCCUUUCUCCCUGAGAAGUCCAUCGUGCCUUCUGCCAGGCUGCUGACACUAAUUGUGUUGGGGGAGUCGGGACAUCUCUGUGUGUGGAGUUCUGUAAAUAUGAUAGGUUCACAUAGAAAGAAGUGAUUUUUUUGAUUGCGGGAGUAUAUUGAUUUGCUACACAUGAAAUGGGAGUUAAAAAUAAAAUCCAAAGACUCUGUAAUGAAAUGUAAAGACUUGAUGAUUUGUAUAAUGCACUAAACCUCUGUAAUUUUGUACCAUAUAUAUGCCUUUCCAUGAUACGGCCAGCGCUUCUGAAUAAAACCAGAUGAUUUCUUGUCGA